AACAAGAUGGACUCCACCGGGCCCCCCUACAGUGAGGCCCGUUUCAAUGAAAUCACCAAGGAAGUGACUGCCUACAUCAAGAAGGUCGGCUACAACCCCAAAGGCGUUGCCUUUGUCCCCAUCUCUGGAUUUUACGGAGACAACAUGCUUGAGGCCAGUGACAAGAUGAACUGGUUCAAGGGAUGGAAGACUGAGCACUCCAGUGGAACCACCCUGCUGGAGGCUCUUGAUGCCAUCCUCCCACCGAAGCGUCCCACCGACAAGGCCCUCCGUCUGCCCCUGCAGGAUGUCUACAAAAUUGGCGGUAUCGGAACUGUACCUGUCGGCCGUGUUGAGACUGGUAUCCUGAAGUCCGGUAUGGUCGUCACCUUCGCUCCCGGCAACCUGACCACUGAGGUGAAGUCUGUGGAGAUGCACCACGAGUCUCUGUCAGAGGCUCUCCCCGGUGACAACGUCGGCUUUAAUGUCAAGAACGUGUCCAUCAAGGAAAUCCGCAGAGGAAACGUGGCUGGUGACAGCAAGAACAAUCCUCCCCAGUCAGCUGCAAGUUUCACAGCACAGGUGA